GGAACCUUUCAUCACCACCAUCAUCCCAUCUCCCACACCGCCUAUCGUCAAAUUUCCCCGACCUCAUCUAUCCGUCACAUUAUACCCGACAGAUCUCGCAACAUGGAUGACGAUGACUUGCAGAAAAUACGCCAAGCGAGGAUGCAGGAGCUCGCCCAACAGGGCCAAGGUCAGGGUGGAAAUGAUAAGAAGCAACAAGAAGAUGAAGCUCGGAAGUCUAUAAUUUCGCAAAUACUUGCUCCGGAAGCCGUCGACCGUCUUGGCCGGAUAGCCAUGGUUAAGGAAUCGAGGGCUCGCGAUCUUGAGAACCGUUUGAUCAUGAUGGCCCGUUCUAAUCAGAUUCGCCAACGUGUCACGGAGGAGGACUUGAUUGCCCUGAUCAAUGCCAUCGAUGAGAAAAAGACCACCGAGCAGAAGGUUGUUUUUUCACGUCGGAAAGGUGUUCUUGAUGAUGACGACGAUUUCGAUCUGUGAAUGGUGGCGUGAUUUUCUGGUCAUCCUGGAUGUGGGGAAUGGUGUUUUGCUUGGUUUUUGAGUGCCGUGCUGUUUCUACAAAACGCCAUCUUAAUGAUGGACUGAGCGGGUUGAAAUUCCCUAACGCUAUCACCAAUAAUUUGCUGGGCGACUGAGCCAUGAGAGAACGGGCAGAAACAGAACCAUUUGUGCGGUGGUAGCGAUACAAGUAGUACUCUAAUGUUGCA